GAGGUUCUGGCUUCGGAUAUUCUUUGGAGCCUGGACGCCGUCGCCGCGGAUCGUGCAACAGGGUGCUUUGCAGGAUGCGCGACUAAGGCUGCGGCUGCCCACAGCCCUUCUCCGCCCUCAACUUCUUUAUUGCCCCCAAGUUGCCCGUGGCGAUCAAUCUCUCCCCUGGUCCCUGCAGGCUGCCCCUCCCAAUCCUGGCGGAGGGGAGGGGUGGAAAGAAAGAGGCCAAGUCGCCUAAGCGGUGUGGUGCUUCCACUCCCUCCCUCUCGCCCUCCCACAGUCUGAAAAUGAUACAGCUCCGAGCUGGCUCGCGUUCCUCUCGUCCUUUCGCAGGCGCACCUGAAGGCCGGCGAGACCCAAUACCAUCCCUCUCCGGAGCCGUAGGAAAAGCAGGAUCCCGCCUGGACCCGACGACGAUCUCCGACGGGAAGCGGAUUCUGUCGGGAGCUUGAACCUGCUUUUCCUAAUCAGGCGGAGGAAAGAGGAGAGGAAACCCAACUCUGCGUAGCCUUGGACACAUCGCCUGCCCACCACCUCCGCCUCACCUCGCCACUUCCCUUGGGAGUGCUGGAGGGGAACCAGUCCAGCCGGGAAGCAACUACGGAUGAUGCUCCUCGUUCCAUUGGCUUUCCUUGCUCGGCUUCUCACGUCGAGGAAAUAAACAGUCGCGGCUCCUUCCUUGAGCGCUGAAGGCGUCCAUGAUUUUGUUGUUUGCUUAUUGAUUGCGAGUCCGACCCUGCCUGAGAGGAAAAGGCGAAGCAACAACUCAAGAGCAGAAGGGGAGGGGGAAAGGCGGGCGAGACUCAGGUCGUUAGUUGGCUGCCGAUCUGUCUCUCUGUGUGUGUGUGAGAGAGAGAGAACCAGCGCGUGAAUCCAACAUUGGCCAGAGAGCUCUUUCAAAGUUUAAAGUCAAGUCAAGCUCUCAUCUUCACUUUGGGAAGCUUCUGCAACCUGCUGAGUACCAGAAGAUAGAGGCCGGGAAAGGAGAUGGUUUCUUCCUCCUGCUGCUGCGAUAUCUGUUUGGUUUGUUCCUAACAUUUUGUUUUUCUUCAGGAGAAUUCUGUACCCUUGAUAAACGCACUCACACCAGUUCUGGGGCCAUCUGCUUCCAGCUCUGCAUCAAGGCGACGGGGUAGAGGGUCUUCUGGCUUGGCCAGGCAGGCCCGUUUCCUUUCCCAUCUGGCCCUGGUUCUCGAUGCACUUGUUGCUGCUCGGUGGCCUUCUGGAGGACUGAGGAGAGAGGAGACUUCCCGUUUGCUUCCUCCACUCUCUCUCCAGAAGGACUGACUUGCCAGUCCUGGGCGACCUCUGAGCCAGACGGUGCCAACCAAAGGGGGCAGAAGCUGUCGAAGGUCAGGGAGAGAAAGAGCCCUCCUCACCAACCCAACUCCUUGCCAGAAGAAGGGUCACUAAGGGGACACCUCCGGCCCACCUAACCUGAUCUAUGAUCAGCUCGGUGUGUGUCUCCUCUUACCGUGGGCGCAAAUCGGGGAACAAGCCACCCUCCAAAACAUGCCUGAAGGAAGAGAUGGGCAAAGGGGAAGAGUCGGACAAGAUUACCAUCAACGUGGGGGGCACCCGGCAUGAGACCUACAAGAGCACAUUGCGCACCCUGCCUGGCACCCGCCUGGCCUGGCUGGCUGACCCCGAUGCCCAGAGCAAUUUUGACUUUGACGGACAAAGCAACGAGUUUUUCUUUGACCGCCACCCGGGCAUUUUCUCCUACGUGCUGAACUACUACCGCACGGGGAAGCUGCACUGCCCCGCGGACAUCUGUGGGCCCCUUUUUGAAGAGGAGCUCACCUACUGGGGCAUCGACGAGACCGACGUGGAGCCCUGCUGCUGGAUGACUUACAGACAGCACCGUGACGCUGAGGAAGCCUUGGAUAUCUUUGAGAGCCCUGAGCCGGGGGCUGGCGGGACUGGAGAGGAGGCAGAGGAGGAAGGGGCCAGGGAAAUGAACCUUCAGCGCCUGGGCUUGGAUGACAGGCCACCUGGGGCCACCGGAGGAGGAGGCUGUUGCCGCAGCUGGCAGCCCAGGAUGUGGGCACUCUUUGAGGAUCCCUAUUCCUCUAGGGCAGCCAGGAUAAUUGCCUUUGCCUCACUUUUUUUCAUUCUGGUGUCCAUUACAACAUUUUGCCUGGAAACUCAUGAAGCCUUCAUCAUAGAUGUUAACGUGACUGAGACACAGGGGAAGGACAACACAACCCAGAUCUUGGUGAUGAAAAAGAUGGAGACAGCGCCCAUCCUCACCUACAUUGAGGGAGUCUGUGUGCUGUGGUUCACUCUGGAGUUUCUAGUGCGCAUUGUUUGCUGUCCAGAUAAAUUGGUGUUCGUUAAGAACCUUCUUAACAUUAUUGACUUUGUAGCCAUCUUGCCCUUCUAUUUGGAGGUGGGACUCAGUGGCUUAUCAUCCAAGGCUGCACGUGAUGUACUGGGCUUCCUGAGAGUAGUACGUUUUGUCCGGAUCCUCCGGAUCUUCAAGUUGACACGCCAUUUUGUGGGACUUCGGGUUCUGGGCCAUACACUUCGGGCCAGUACCAAUGAGUUCCUCCUUCUCAUCAUCUUCCUGGCUCUUGGGGUUUUGAUCUUUGCCACCAUGAUUUACUAUGCUGAAAGGAUUGGAGCCAAGCCAUCUGACCCUAGUGGAAGUGACCACACCCACUUUAAAAAUAUUCCCAUUGGAUUCUGGUGGGCAGUGGUGACCAUGACAACAUUGGGCUAUGGUGACAUGUACCCCAAAACCUGGUCAGGCAUGCUGGUAGGGGCUCUUUGUGCACUGGCUGGGGUCCUCACCAUUGCCAUGCCUGUCCCAGUCAUUGUCAACAACUUUGGAAUGUACUAUUCAUUGGCCAUGGCCAAGCAGAAGCUCCCAAAGAAGAAAAAGAAGCACAUACCCCGUCCAGCACCACUUAACUCACCAACAUACUGCAAGUCAGAAGGCAACUCACCCCGCAACAGCAUUCAGAGUUACAACAACCCCCUGGAAGCAGCAGCAACAGCAGGGAUGAUGGAAAGAAAAAGAUCAGAUACCAAGCAGAAUGGCGAGGCCAAUGUGGUGUUGUCGGACGAGGAGCAGCCUCUUUCACCACCACAUGAUGAGAAGCCGCCCAUGAGGCGCUCCAGCACCAGAGACAAAAACAAGAAAGCAGCGACCUGCUUUCUUCUGAGCGCUGGAGAUUUCUCCUCUGCUGCUGCUGCGGCUGACGGUGGAAUCCGGAAAGGACUGUUGAAUCCUCAGUGACUGUCACUAGAAGCUGGGAUUGGCUCAAGCAAUUAUCCUGUUAGAAAUGUAAACAGGGACAAUGUAAGCUGGGAGGACCUUCCUAUUUGCUGUAAUCCUGCUUGCUGUGUAUUCAAUGUAUAAAAACAUGACCAAGACAUCCCAGGGUUUCUCCACACUGCCAAUGUCAUCAUGGGCUCUCGUCCUGCACAAGCACCUGAACUCUUCCAUCAGCAGCCUUCCCUUUUUAUUGUGUUGACUGACUUGUUGGCCGGCAUAUCUGCUGCUCCACUGUAGUAACUUAAAUGGCUCCUGGACCUUGUCAUAGAUGGACGUUGCUAAUCUUAGAUACUUUCUUGCAGGCUCCUGCAGAUGCUUCAGUAUGUAAGUGCUAAGCAUUCUCUGCAGCUCUUAUUUUUUAGACUCUACCGUGUGUGCUCCAAACUUCUUCAGUGGAAAAUUCCCUUUCUAAAAAUGAUAUUCAUGGAAUUGUUUGGAAAUUUGAACGCACAGGAUGUUGAGAGAAGUCUCUACUUCCUGACAAGUAUCUUGUGGAUGAGUACAACAGCAGAGAGGCAGAACCAUUAGACUGGAGAGGUGGUUAUGUUUUUUUCCAGUGCUGUUACUGCAUCUCAGAUGGUAUUUAGUACUAUUGCCCUCUGUGCUGUACACUUGCCUCUUCCUGUCAAACUGUACUAGAAUCUUAAUAAAGAG